UUAUUUUUUGAGGGCGGUCAAGGAAACAUUGUUGAUGAAAAUGGGAACGAUUCCAUGGAAAUUGUUGAAGAGGGAGCUCCUCGUCAAUUAGAGGAUGUAAGCUCGCACACUACCUAUCUGCAAGAACGAGCUAAAAUUGAACAAGCCGAGCAUGAGAAAGCUACUGUAGAGGAAGCUGAGAAGCUCAGAAAGCCAGUACGACGACAGCCACAUAAUGUUCGUGUUAGGGAUGAAAUCAAAGCCGAAGCUGCUCAUUUGGUUGAUAUUCAUCCAAAGAACAGUGCCCGUGCCGUAGCCUUAGAGCUUAACCUGCAACCCAUGAGCGUUCAGAGAUGGUACAAGGCAUGGCAGGAGGACUCUGACUCUCUCUUCAAACCUUUGGGCCGGCCCCCAAUCAUCGAACCAGAAGGAGAGCUCGCCAAGGAUACAAAAAAGUUUGUAAUAGAAUAUUUCUAUGAGAAGUCGACAGCAACUGUUGAUCAAUUGAUGGAAGCAAUGACAGACAAAUUCCGGGGAUUAACCAUCUCUAAAGCUACAGUCUACCGCUACAUGCAGGAUUAUUGA